CAGCGGGUAGGUACCUACCCUUAUGAUAGGAUGCGGCUGGCUGACGGCAGCAAUGAUAUCUUUCCCCCCACAUCCAAUACUACUCCUUGAACUGUCUCUAAACCCCGGGCUGAGGUUAGACAACCAGAGAGCCAAUUCAUUUAUUUGCUAAUGAUAAGCCGCCUCAGAUGGCUUCACCUAAUCCGUUAAGUGACGGUGUGACGUAUUUUCUUUGUGGCUUCAUCUCUCUGGUUGCUCUUUAUGUGGGCUACCAAGUACUCCUACAUCCCUUGAGGAGUUAUCCAGGACCGCUGAUAGCUAAACUUACAAACGGCUACACUGGGUUCUUCGCAUUCAAACGAAUACUUCACAUAGAGAUAUGGAGAACCCACGAAAAACACGGUCCUGUGGUCCGAAUAGGUCCAGAUAGGCUUGUUUUCAAUUCUGCCACCGCGAUGCGAGACAUUUAUCAAAAUGAAAGAGUUACAAAGGCUCCAAUAUACCUGGCCACACAGUCGAAGCCCGGCGCAUUUAGUCUCUGGAAUGCAUUAGACAGAGACUUGCAUCGGCGUAAGCGAAAGCUCGUCGGGCGAACAACCACGGACGCCUCCAUGCGCGCCUUUGAGCCCUCCAUGAUAGAGCAGGUCGACAUAUUCAUCAAGCAUUUAGCCAACGACAAACACCAAGCCACCGAUGUUAAGACGCGAUGCAGCUACCUGAGCUUCGACAUCGUCGGGCUCCUCUCAUUCGGAUACAGCUUACACCUCCAGACUAACGAGGAGAACCAGUUCCUCGUAGAACAACUUGUGCGCGGCAACCAUCGCAUGAACACGUUCAUGCAGAUCCCCAUCAUCCCGCGGUACAAGUUACAGCUCUAUAUCAACAAGUUCUUCCAACAGGAGCGGGAGAAGACGGCGCGUCUCAUGGAAACAAUGAUCCGUAGCCGUAUGGCCGAGGACGUGCACGCCAAGCGCGAUCUGUACUCGCACGUCGCGGACGCGAUCAACGCUAAAGAUGAUGAUAGUCUUCGCCUUGGCGAUCUGUGGUACGAGGCCUUCUUCUUCAUAAUAGCAGGAGGCGACACAAGCGCUACCGCGAUGAGUGCCACGUUUUUCUACCUAUCGCGGAAUCCUAGAUGCUAUGAGAAACUUGCGACGGAAAUACGGACGACAUUCCAAAGCGCGGAUCAGAUCUGCGGAAGCAAGCUUGCGGGCUGCCAGUACUUGCGCGCGUGCAUUGAUGAGUCGCUGAGGAUGUCGCCGCCGUCGCCUGGUACGCUUUGGAGACACUUGGCUCCGGAGGAAGAGGGUGGUAGACCGUUCAUAGUUGAUGGUCAUGUCAUUCCGAAGGGGACGAAGGUCGGCGUUAAUACUUAUUCGUUGCAUCAUAACGAGGAAUACUUCCCGGAGCCUUUCACAUACAACCCAGACCGCUGGCUAAUAAAAGGUGACUCGGACGAAGGCGCAACAACGAGGAAGGCGAUGCACGACGCCUUUGCUGCCUUCUCCAUCGGCUCCCGUGGCUGCGCCGGGAAACCUACGGCGUACUUAGAGAUCAGCUUAGCUCUCGCUAAAACGCUCUGGUAUUUCGACUUCGAGACCGCGCCCGGUGACCUCGGCGACGUCGGGGUCGGCCAGAGAGGCGAAUUUCAUUUAUACGAUAUCUUCACAUCGACUCAUGAUGGACCGUACUUGGUUUUCAAACCCCGCGACUCCUUCGUGGAAGAUUUUGGCGAUACUGCUUAAGGGAUAGGGUUAGUGAAGUUGUUGAGAAUGCGCACUACUCGGGCUUUCGAGGUUUUGCAAUCCGAUAUUGACGUGUCACGAGAUUUGAAGACAUUCGGCAGUUGAGAAAUAGGGAGUAUGUAUAGUUUAUGUAAUACUAACCCUGUCAUAUUCAUCUAACUUAGUCUUCACGCGUGGUUGAACUCCUAGUCGUAUUCGGAAAGGCCCGGUGGGUGUCCGUUGUGAAACCUCACGAAAUAGGAAAACGAACGGAAUUUUAGGGGCAAUGUGGGCUAGCUCAGGGAGGAGACUAGCUAACGACUUCAACCUAUGAUCAGCAGACAACUGAGGCUGUGAAUGAUCUUCCUAGCUUCGGCGCACGGUCCGGAUCUGCGAUAGUUGGUGUCAAUGCCGGUUGUUGAACGAUGCCUUCAACCAUACGACAUUCUCCUGAUCGAUGACGGAAGUAAGUAUCAAUAUACACGUAACUUUUGAUUCCUCAUAUGUUCCGGAGGUUGUGUUAGGAAUUGAUAACUUUACCUCUCUUUAUAGGCACGCAUACAAUACUAUCGCUCAUAUAUCAAUGACACCUUCGAAAUAUAGAAGCUCCUAAGGC